AUGUCUGAAUCUGGACAGUCCUCAGCAGCUGCCACACCAAGCACCACUGGAACCAAGUCCAACACUCCCACGUCAUCUGUGCCAUCUGCUGCUGUCACACCCUUAAAUGAGAGCAUCCAGCCCAUCGGCGAGUACAACAGCACAGGCAAGAGCAAUAGGAGGGCACGAGAAAAGAGGAACAGCCGGAACAUGGAAGUCCAGGUCACACAGGAGAUGAGGAAUGUCAGCAUAGGAAUGGGCAGCAGUGAUGAAUGGUCUGACGUUCAGGACAUCAUCGACUCUACUCCAGAGCUGGAUAUGUGUCAAGACCCUCGCCUGGAACGCACUGGUAACAGCCCAACACAGGGGAUUGUGAACAAGGCGUUUGGCAUCAACACGGACUCUCUGUAUCAUGAACUUUCCACAGCCGGAUCUGAGGUUAUUGGAGAUGUUGAUGAAGGAGCAGAUCUGCUAGGAAUGGGCAAAGAAGUGGGGAAUCUACUGCUGGAGAACUCGCAGCUUCUGGAGACCAAAAAUGCUUUGAAUGUUGUGAAGAAUGAUUUGAUUGCCAAGGUGGACCAGCUGUCUGGAGAGCAGGAAGUGCUGAAGGGAGAGCUUGAAGCAACAAAGCAGGCCAAAGCCAAAAUGGAAGCAAGAGUCAAGGAGCUGGAGGAGGAGCUGAAAAGAGUGAAAUCUGAAGCGAUUGUUGCCCGACGUGAACCCAAAGAGGAGGUGGAGGAUGUAAGCAGCUAUCUCUGUACAGAAUUGCAGUGCUCCUCCCCCCUGCAGGACAACAUCCCCAUAGCUCAGCGCCGCCGCUUCACCCGCGUGGAAAUGGCCCGGGUUCUGAUGGAGCGCAAUCAGUACAAGGAGAGGCUGAUGGAGCUCCAGGAAGCUGUCAGGUGGACAGAGAUGAUCAGAGCUUCCCGUGAGCACCCAUCUGUCCAGGAAAAGAAGAAAUCCACCAUUUGGCAGUUCUUCAGCCGUCUGUUCAGUUCUUCCUCGAGUCCUCCACCAGUGAAGAGAACCUACCCAUCUGUCAACAUCCACUACAAGUCUCCAACAACAGCAGGGUUCAGCCAGCGCCGCAGUCACACCAUGUGCCAGAUCUCCUCCGGCAGCCGAACCCUGGAGUUCUUCCCUGAAGAUGACUGCACCUCCUCAGCACGCCGUGAGCAGAAGCGGGAGCAGUACCGCCAGGUCCGAGAGCAUGUGCGGAAUGACGACGGGCGCCUGCAGGCCUGUGGCUGGAGCCUCCCUGCCAAGUACAAGCAGCUGAGUCCCAAUGGUGGUCAGGAGGACAACCGCAUGAAGAAUGUCCCUGUGCCUGUCUAUUGUCGCCCACUAGUAGAGAAGGACCCAACCAUGAAGCUGUGGUGUGCCGCUGGAGUCAAUCUCACUGGGUGGAGACCUUUGGAGCAGGAGCCUGGGAGUGGACAGAAACUGGAUCCUGGACGUGAUCCCCUCACCUGUGAUAGGGACGCUGAAGGCGAGAACAACAAGAGUAACCAUACAUCUCCUGAGAAGAAAAAGGCCAAGGAGCUCCAUGAAAUGGAUGCCACAUCCAGUCGUGUCUGGAUCCUCACUAGUACACUAUCAACAAGUAAAGUAGUAAUUAUUGAUGCCAAUCAGCCUGGCACAGUGGUCGACCAGUUCACUGUCUGCAAUGCUCAUGUCCUCUGUAUCUCCAGCAUCCCUGCGGCCAGUGAGAGUGAUUAUCCUCCAGGGGAGAUCUUUUUGGAGGGAGACGUGAAUCCUGAAGAGUCAUCUGGAACAGAUGGUGUCUUGGCAGGAAUCACUCUGGUGGGCUGUGCGACCCGCUGCAAUGUGCCACGAAGCAACUGUUCCUCACGUGGUGACACACCUGUACUGGACAAGGGACAGAGUGAAGUGGCUGCUGUCUGCAAUGGGAAGAUGAACCAGUCCCAAUCUACUGAGGAGGCAACAGAAGCUACGGAGGUACCAGAGACUGGUCCAAGUGAGGCAGAACCUUCUGAGGCCCGGUCUGGGCCCCUCACAGAGCACGUCUUUACAGAUCCAGUCCAUGCACAGGCACCUCUGAGGCAGAACGGGGAGCAUGGGCAGCUGAAGAUGGAGUCAAGCACAGCACUGCCAGAUCAGGAACUGCAUGGGGAUGCUGCUGGGACUUGCACCAGUGCUGCCCCCACCAUGUGGCUGGGAGCGCAGAAUGGCUGGCUUUAUGUGCACUCGGCUGUAUCCAACUGGAAGAAGUGUCUGCACUCAAUAAAGCUGAAGGACUCUGUCCUGAGUCUAGUGCAUGUGAAAGGGAGAGUCCUUGUUGCUCUGGCAGAUGGAACAUUAGCCAUAUUCCAUCGGGGAGAAGAUGGUCAGUGGGAUCUCAGUAAUUACCACCUAAUGGACCUUGGGCACACUCACCAUUCCAUCCGCUGCAUGGCUGUUGUGUAUGAUAGAGUCUGGUGUGGCUACAAGAACAAAAUCCAUGUUAUACAACCUAAGACAAUGCAGAUUGAGAAAUCCUUUGAUGCCCACCCUCGGCGGGAGAGUCAGGUGCGACAGCUGGCAUGGAUUGGAGAUGGAGUGUGGGUUUCCAUCCGCCUGGACUCCACUCUGAGGCUCUACCAUGCCCACAGCCACCAACAUCUGCAAGAUGUCGACAUUGAGCCUUAUGUCAGCAAGAUGCUAGGCACUGGAAAGCUGGGCUUCUCCUUUGUGAGGAUUACAGCUCUGCUCAUUGCUGGCAACCGCCUCUGGGUAGGGACAGGGAACGGUGUCGUCAUCUCCAUUCCAUUGACUGAGACUGUAGUCCUCCACCGAGGCCAACUCCUUGGGCUCCGGGCCAACAAGACCUCACCAACCUCUGGAGAGGGCAGCCGCUCUGGUGGGGUGAUCCAUGUGUAUGGCGAUGACAACAGUGACAAAUCAGCCAGCAGUUUCAUUCCCUACUGCUCCAUGGCUCAGGCACAGCUCUGUUUCCAUGGCCAUCGUGAUGCUGUCAAGUUCUUCGUCUCUGUGCCUGGCAAUGUCCUAGCAACCCUGAAUGGGAGUGUGUUGGACAGCCCUUCGGAGAACCCCAGCACAGCAGCCACAGAGACUGAGGGGCAGAAGCUGAAGAAUGUCCUGGUGCUGAGUGGGGGAGAAGGGUACAUCGAUUUCCGGAUCGGGGAUGGAGAAGAUGAUGAGACAGAGGAGAAUGCAGGAGAUGCCACCCCAGUGAAGCCAGUACUUUCCAAGGCUGAAAGGAGCCACAUUAUUGUGUGGCAGGUGUCAUACAUCCCUGAGUGAGAAUUUCUUCAUUCCCACCACUCUUUAAGUGUCCCUCCUCCCGCCUGAACACCAAGAUGUACAUACGGAACACCUGCAUUAAACCUGCUGCUGGAAACCGACCCCAGGCAACUGCAACAGCUCCUGCCUCGGACUGUCACCCCCUUCUAACCUCUGAACUUG